AUGGCCACUGUUUAUCAUGAAGAGGGAAACUUGGAAGCUGCAUUCAUUUUGUAUUCUAAAUUCAUCACGUUAUUUAUUGAAAAACUUCCAUCACAUCCAUUAUACAAGACAUCAGAUACCAUAGCUUUACAGAAUAACAAAAAAAAAUUGAAACAGGUCUUCCCUAUCGCAGAGAAAUUAAAAAAGAAUCUCACUGACCGAUACACUGCUGAGGAAAAUAAACGCUUGGAGUUUGAGAGAAAACAACAGGAAGAAAUUAACAAAGAGCAGGAACGUCUUCGGAAACUUGAAGAGCAACGUCGUCUAGAUGAGGCAGCCAUAGCUGAUCAAUUGAAAAAAGAAUCUGAGGAACGAUGGUUAAGGGCACAGGAAGCACGGUACAGGGAAUUGCAAGAACAAGGGAAGCAGGGACCAAAUGCUCCCACAUUGGGAACAGGACCACUUGUGGACUUGGGGGCAGACAUAGCCCCUGCUCCCCCUGACUACUUCUAUGCAGUGAGUCCAUCUAGUGAUUCAAAACCGUCCAGUUUACAGCCAUCACCCCCAACUGUGCCAGACAGGGAACUGAAAAAAAAUGUCCUCUCUGUGAGCCCAACUACACCUCCAUCUGUAGAUCGAAGUACCAAGCCUCCAAGCAUUAAUCACCUGACAAGCAUUGGCUCUUCCAGUGACAAUGCCUAUGGUCUGCGGACUGUAAUGGUACCAAAACAGCUGAUGGAUAAAUUCCUGAAGAUUGCAGAGUCAAAUACCUUAGCUAAUAUUGAGACUUGUGGCAUUCUUGCUGGCAAAAUUUCUCAAAAUGCCUUUCAUAUCACUCAUGUCCUGAUUCCAAAGCAAACAGGAACUGCUGACACUUGCACAACAGCACAAGAAGAAGAUUUAUUUGAAUAUCAAGACAACCACAGCCUAAUUACUCUUGGAUGGAUCCAUACACACCCUAGUCAAACAGCUUUCUUGUCCAGUGUUGAUCUGCAUACACAUUGUUCAUAUCAAAUCAUGAUGCCUGAAGCCAUUGCAAUUGUCUGUUCCCCAAAAUACAAUGACACUGGUAUUUUCAUGCUGACACCAGAACGAGGCCUUCCACUAAUUUCAUCCUGCAGAGAAGCAGGUUUUCAUAUGCACCCAAAAGAUCCACCUUUGUUUGAGACCUGUGAACAUGUACGGCUAAUUGACAACCCUGGUGUUAUUAUUGCUGACUUAAGGACUAAAUAA